UAUGGACUGUGUAUGUAACUAUAUAGAAUUUUUUAAAGAAUUUUCCUCUAAACAGUACCUUACACGAUCUUCGUAUGGAAUUGUAAUUUAUUAUAUACAUACAUACUUACGUAAUAUAUAGCACUUAUAAAAAUUGCAUAAGUAAGAGUUUACGGGAAACACGAAUCAAUUUAAUCCAACUAUAUAAUAUCGUAAUUAUUCAAAAAUAUUGUGCAUAUGUAUGUAUGUGCAUUGUACAUACCAUAUGUAUGGAUGAACAUACAUAUGUAUAUGUAUAUGUAAGCAUAUAAACAUGUGUAGUUAGUUUGCCAAGUAAAGACAAAGCUUAAAACAACUGAACUAUUGUGCUAAAUUUUUCUCUACAAUUCAAUAACUCAACAUAUGUAGUCCAUACAAAACUUAAAAUAUGUACAUAUGUAUGUACGUUAGCAUAAUAACAAUUUUACAUAUAAAUACAUAAAUAACUACAUAUGUAUGUUCUGUGCUAUAUAUCCCCUUAGUAUGUAAAACUUUUAAGAUCACUAAGAUCCGUCUUAUGAAAUAAACUGUUAUUAUUAUGAUGCUCAUCUUUAUUUUUCGAAAUAAAUAUUGGUAACUUUGCUGUUAAGCAAAAGUUAAGAAAUUGGUUUUUUUUAAUUAUAUUUGUAUGUAAAUAUUCUAACACGAAAAUUUAUAUUUUUAUUUUUUAGCAAAUACCCGGCAUGCUUCACUUCACCUUAAAAGUAUUUUUGUGUUAUUACUCCCUUCGAACACUCUUAUGGUUCCAUUCGUAAAAAAAUGAAUUUAAAAAGCCUUGCGAAUUGAGAUGUGGGUGUUACUCAUAUUUUCGAAAGUACUUAGACUUAGUAUCGACUUUCUCAUGCGAAUUUAAUUUAUGGUCUUAUAACUCGAGUCUACUUAUCACGCGCUUUCCUCAAAUGGUAACUAAGUCAAUAUCUAUGUACCUUUUCUUAUCAAUUUAACUGAAUUAAAUUUUUCAAAUAGUAGGCAAAUAUAGACAUGGAAAACUUUGAGCGCUUUGAGCGACCUCUAAAUAUUUUUUGAUUUCAAAAUAAAAAAUAGUGGUGUACUUUUUUUCGAUAUAGAAAAAAUCUUACAAUUCCGACUUUACUGUUUUUGCACCACCCCAAUGUACAUAUACAUACAUAUGUAUUUAUGUUGGAAAUUUCGCUGGUUCUUUUAGGAAAAACAGUAAUAUUUGUUACUUGUGAAUUCGUAUGCAACGGUUGACAUUCUUAAAAUUGCAAGUCACAUAUUGUACAUACAUAUCUACAUAUGUACAUUAUAUGUAAAAAUCAUGAGGCAUGAAAUAAAUGUCUGUAACGCACCCACAAAGAACAAAAAUAAAAGAAACGAUUGUAUGCACUAAAUUGAAACUCUUAGCUCAAUGUAAUCUUCAUGCACUGGAAUGAAUAUUUCUUUCAGUUCUUCGACAGCUUUGGACGCACCAAAAUGUUAGCUUUACACUUACGUGCUCUAUUGUUUAUAAUUUCAAUUGGACUUCAAGCCCAUAAAGUAGCGUUAGCAAACAACACUGAGGCCAAGAAACCCAAUCAGCACCCCUCUAACGAAGAUAUGACAACACCUAGUCCAGAAUGGCUAGAAUAUCAACGUGAACGCUUUGGCAACACAAAAGAUAUAGAAAGUUUGAAGAAAUUGCUUGAUCCAGCUUCGCAACUGCUAAAAAAUAAAGCCGGCAUAAUAGAUCCAACGUCGCCACCUUUAAAACCGAGCGAGAUUUCGGCAGCAAUGGCAACACAACCGCUUAAAAGUUAUGGUAUGGCUGCUGGUGAGAAAGUUUCAAAUGGUGAUGAACCAAAGGACACAGAAGAGAUCAGCCAUGAUGAGGAGGACGAAGGGGAAGCAGAUGAUAUGAGAUCUAAAGAGGGCAAUACAAAUAUUUUUCCACAUGUCAUUACUGGCAUACAAUACCCAUCAAUGCAAGGAUUUCUUAAUUUUAUAAGAACUGUGCAGCGUAACUGGGUUAGGCAAUCGAGAUUGACGAUCGAACAAAAGAUUAAGAAAUUGAAAGGAUUGAAAAAUAAAAUUAUGCGCAUGAUUGAGGAUCAGUUCCAUAUGAUUUGGACGCCAAAAGUGCAUAUGCGGCGCAAACGUGGUUUAUUGGAUGAAUCCAACCUCAAUUUUCCGCCGGAGGCAGCCUUAAUUAGCAUUAACUUUUUAACGUUUGCAGUGUUUUUAAUUAAACUGGUGCUACAAGUGGUGCACAUUGUAAAAAGUAAACACUACACCCUAAGUGGAUUUGGUUUUACUAAUACCGAUACCAUGACAAAAUCUACAUAAAUUUUAAAUAAAUAUGUCUUAAUAGAGGGUUAAGGUCUACCGCGACAAAAAAAAAUAAAAUAAAAUUCAUAUAUCUAACGUAUUUAUGGGCCAAUUCGUCUGCUUUUUUAUA